CGAUGGGGAACCGGGGGAUGGAGGAUCUUAUUCCGCUCGUUAACCGAAUGCAGGAUGCGUUCUCGUCCAUCGGGCAGAACUCGGACAUGGACCUGCCGCAGAUCGCCGUGGUGGGUGGCCAGAGCGCAGGGAAGAGCUCCGUGCUGGAGAAUUUCGUCGGGAGGGACUUCCUGCCUCGUGGGUCUGGGAUCGUCACUCGCCGCCCCCUGGUGCUGCAGCUCAUCAACUGUCCUACAGAAUACGCUGAGUUUCUGCACUGCAAGGGGAAGAAGUUUGUGGACUUUGAUGAAGUGCGGCAGGAGAUCGAGGCGGAGACGGACCGCAUCACGGGACAAAACAAAGGAAUUAGCGCAGUACCCAUCAACCUGAGAGUGUACUCGCCUAAUGUGCUGAACCUCACCCUGGUGGACCUCCCGGGGAUGACCAAGGUCCCGGUGGGAGACCAGCCAGCCGACAUAGAGCAGCAGAUCCGGGAGAUGCUGAUGCAGUUUGUAACCAAGGACAACUGUCUCCUCCUGGCCGUGUCCCCGGCCAACUCUGACCUGGCCAACUCUGACGCUCUGAAGAUCGCCAAGGAGGUGGACCCGCAAGGACAAAGGACCAUCGGAGUGAUCACCAAGCUGGACCUGAUGGACGAGGGGACGGACGCCAGGGACAUCCUGGAGAACAAGCUGUUACCUUUAAGGCGUGGCUACAUCGGCGUGGUGAACCGCAGUCAGAAGGACAUCGACGGCAAGAAAGACAUCAACGCCGCCCUGGGCGCCGAGAGGAAGUUCUUCCUGUCCCACCCCUCAUACCGCCACCUAGCGGAGCGCAUGGGUACUGCAUACCUGCAGAAGGUCCUCAACCAGCAACUGACCAACCACAUCCGGGACACCCUGCCGGCCCUGCGCUGCAAGCUGCAGAGCCAGCUGCUGUCCAUCGAGAAGGAGGUGGAGGAGUACAAGAACUUCAGACCCGACGACCCCAGCCGCAAGACCAAAGCUCUCCUACAGAUGGUGCAGCAGUUUUCUGUGGACUUUGAGAAGCGCAUCGAGGGAUCAGGAGACCAGAUCGACACCUACGAGCUGUCUGGGGGCGCCAAGAUCAACCGCGUCUUCCACGAGCGCUUCCCCUUCGACCUGGUUAAGUUGGAGUGCGAUGAGAAGACUCUUCGGAAGGAGAUCAGCUACGCCAUCAAGAACAUCCAUGGAAUCAGGACGGGUCUGUUUACUCCCGACAUGGCGUUUGAGACAAUCGUGAAGAGGCAAAUAGCCCAGAUCAAGGAGCCAUGUCAGAAGUGUGUGGACAUGGUCAUAUCCGAGCUGGUUAACACCGUGCGACAGUGCACCCUGAAGCUGGCCCAGUACCCCAUGCUGAGGGAGGAGAUGGAGAGGAUCGUCACACAACACAUCAGAGACCGAGAGAGUCGCACCAAAGACCAGGUCAUGCUUCUGAUAGACAUUGAGUUGUCCUACAUGAACACGAACCACGAGGACUUCAUUGGCUUUGCUAACGCUCAGCAGAAGAGUAACCAGGCGAACAAAAAGAAGGCAGCAGGUAAUCAGGAUGAGAUCAUGGUGAUCCGUAAGGGAUGGUUGACCAUCAACAACAUUGGCAUCAUGAAGGGCGGAGCCAAGGAUUACUGGUUUGUCCUCACCGCUGAGACUCUGUCCUGGUACAAGGACGACGAGGAGAAGGAGAAGAAGUACAUGUUGACAGUGGAUAAUCUGAAGCUGAAGGACAUCGAGAAGAGCUUCAUGUCCAGUAAACACAUCUUUGCGCUCUUCAACACAGAGCAAAGGAACGUCUACAAGGACUACCGUCAGCUGGAGCUGGCCAGUGAGUCUGCAGAGGAGGUGGACAGCUGGAAGGCCUCCUUCCUCCGGGCCGGAGUUUAUCCGGAACGCAACGUGGACAAAGAGAAGAGUGACAGUGUGGAUGAGUCCAACUCAGACGGUCAGAUCCACAGCAUGGACCCCCAGCUGGAGAGGCAGGUGGAGAUUGUGCGCAACCUGGUGGAGUCCUAUAUGGCCAUCAUCCACCGCACGGUCCGGGACCUCAUCCCCAAGACCAUCAUGCACCUGAUGGUCAACAACACCAAGGAGUACAUCAACGCUGACCUUCUGGCUCAACUCUACUCCUGCGGCGAUCAGAACAGCUUGAUGGAGGAGUCCCAGGAGCAGGCUCAGCACCGCGACGAGAUGUUGAGGAUGUAUCACGCGCUACGAGAAGCCCUGCACAUCAUUGGUGACAUCAGCACCUCCACUAUCACCACGGCGAUGCCCCCACCUGUGGACGACUCCUGGCUGCAGGUGACUGGGAUGCCAUCCGGACGAAGGUCUCCCAUGUCCAGCCCCACCCCCCAGCGUAGAGCCCCCCCCGGACCCCCUCGCCCGGGCGGACGCUCUGCCCCGGGACCCCCCUCCCGCCCUGUGGUGUCACCUGACCCCGGAGCCCCCUCUGUACCCAGCAGACCCAACAGGGCCCCCCCGGGCGUACCCAGUCGGCAGAGCAAGGGUAGCCCUGCACACGGAGAGAGCCCCCAGUCUUCUGUCGAGGGUUAA